CCGUGCCUUUUUUGGACUCUUACUAGACUGUAGGACUCUGACAAGGUUAGACAGUUGACAAAAGGGAGUUUGGAUGCUCAUUUCUUGGUUAGAGGGAGCUUUGGAGAGGUCAGCUUUGCGAGGAUGUGAAAGAGGAUAAGUGCCUGCCCCCAGCACCACGGAGAAGCUUUUGGUCUAAGACUUUUAUAUUUGAGCUGUAGACCACUGUCAAUUACUCACUUUGUGAGUUGUCCACAGCAAGAUUUAAUCUCAACCGACCACCUAUAGCUACCAGAGAAGUUUCUAGGCCACCUUCCUCCUCUGCCAGCUAGUGUGUGCCCAGGGAAUGCAAAAUAAAACUUAAUGUUCCUGGCAGUGUCAGCCAUUUGGAAUAUAGCUAGAAAUCUGGAAGUGAGAGAGAAAGACCUUUUAGCUCCGAGAAAAAUGACAGAGCUCAUGGAUAUUACUCCAUAGGAGAGGUGUGACAGCUCCCUUAGGCCCAUUGAUUUAGAAUUAUCUAUAAAAUUAAAUGAAGGCAGCAGUUUAGAAAGUGAAGUCAUACUAAUUAACAUUAGUAAGAAGUGAUGGCUGACAUUGGAAGGAGGAGACAGAAGAAUUAUGAAAAGCUGUCAGAAAAAUUAAAAGCAUUGUAAUCUGGGACCAUUUUGUUUAGGGGAAAAUAGCUUCACAUUUCAAUAGCUCCUCAGGGUAUUACAGCGUCACAGCACAGAAUAAUAACUGAUGUUCUUUCCGAUGAAGCCAAGUCCUUGGCAGUGAUUAAAUUAUAAUCUUUGUAGUUGCUUCAGAAAUAAAGAAGUGUAUAUAAUAUAUUUUUAAAAUUUACAUAAGAAUGGUCAAAAUAAUGGUUCUGAGAGAACCCUUAAAGCUUUGCUCCCUGGAAGAUUCAUUUAUGUAGGAUACUUUAUUUCCUGGAUCUGCUAAAUAAAUAAAGCAUUACUGUCAAAGUCUGAAUCAAAUAGAAUUAAAAAGGUGAAUCUAUUAUGAAAAAUUACCCCAAAGCACCCAGCACAUUGCUUUCCCUCAGCCAGGCAGAAGUGAAGCACGUACUAACCUAGAGCGUCCGUGCCCCAGCUCAUCCACGGGGUGCUGGGGGAAGAGCUGGGGCCAGUGCUUCAUUAGAGCCCCUUCCAGCCCUGGUGGCGGGGUCUGUGUAGAACAAUGCAUGUGGCUUGGAAUCCAUCACACUGCUCUGUGCUCCACGUGCAAUGUCCAUUGCCGGCAUCCUUGUGACGCAAGUGUCUCUUCCUCAAGCAGUCCACAUCUGUCUUUGAAGAUGAUGCGGUCAAUUAUGCCAUUAAGAAGGGAAAGCCUACUUGAACUAAUUUGCACUCAGAAAAGUGAAGAAAUUUUUCAGAGUGUAAAAUACAACUGAUGGUAGAUUUUCUUUCAUUUACCCACUUUUCAUUUGAAAGGAAAAGAAUUUAAGAAAGAGAAAAGGCCCCAGAGGAUAUGGCCAAUGCAUUUGCACAGAAGCACCUUCGGUCUAUAAUCCUGAAUCAUGUGAUCCGAGGGAACCGCCCAAUCAAAACUGAGAUGGCCCAUCAGCUGUAUGUCCUUCAAGUCCUGACCUUUAACCUUCUAGAAGAAAGGAUGAUGACCAAGAUGGACCCCAAUGACCAGGCUCAAAGAGACAUUAUAUUUGAACUGAGGAGGAUUGCAUUUGAUGCAGAGUCAGACCCUAGCAAUGUCCCUGGGAGUGGGACCGAAAAACGCAAAGCCAUGUAUACAAAGGACUACAAAAUGCUGGGAUUUACUAACCAUAUCAACCCAGCCAUGGACUUCACCCAAACUCCUCCAGGAAUGCUGGCCUUGGACAACAUGCUGUACUUGGCUAAAUUCCACCAGGACACCUACAUCCGGAUCGUCUUGGAGAACAGCAGCCGGGAAGACAAACACGAAUGCCCCUUUGGCCGCAGUGCCAUCGAGCUCACCAAGAUGCUUUGUGAAAUCCUGCAGGUUGGGGAACUACCAAACGAAGGACGCAACGACUACCACCCGAUGUUCUUUACCCAUGACCGAGCAUUUGAAGAGCUCUUUGGAAUCUGCAUCCAGCUGUUGAACAAGACCUGGAAGGAGAUGAGGGCAACAGCAGAGGACUUCAACAAGGUUAUGCAAGUAGUCCGAGAGCAAAUCACCCGAGCUUUGCCCUCCAAACCCAACUCUUUGGAUCAGUUCAAGAGCAAACUGCGUAGCCUGAGCUACUCUGAGAUUCUGCGACUGCGACAGUCAGAGAGGAUGAGUCAGGAUGACUUCCAGUCCCCGCCAAUUGUGGAGCUGAGGGAGAAGAUCCAGCCUGAGAUCCUCGAGCUGAUCAAGCAGCAGCGCCUGAACCGGCUCUGUGAGGGUAGCAGCUUCCGGAAAAUUGGGAACCGCCGGAGGCAAGAGCGGUUCUGGUAUUGCCGCUUGGCACUGAACCACAAGGUCCUGCACUACGGUGACUUGGAUGACAACCCUCAAGGGGAGGUGACAUUUGAAUCCCUUCAGGAGAAAAUUCCUGUUGCAGACAUUAAGGCCAUUGUCACUGGGAAAGAUUGUCCCCACAUGAAGGAGAAAAGUGCUCUGAAACAGAACAAGGAAGUGCUAGAAUUGGCCUUCUCUAUCCUGUAUGACCCUGAUGAGACCUUAAACUUCAUUGCACCGAAUAAGUAUGAGUACUGCAUCUGGAUUGACGGCCUCAGUGCCCUUCUGGGGAAGGACAUGUCCAGCGAGCUGACCAAGAGUGACCUGGACACCCUGCUGAGCAUGGAGAUGAAGCUGCGGCUCCUGGACCUGGAGAACAUCCAGAUUCCUGAAGCCCCACCGCCAGUCCCCAAGGAGCCCAGUAGCUAUGACUUUGUCUAUCACUAUGGCUGAGCCUGGAACCAGAGACACUGGUACCCAGAAGAAGGGAUUUGGGGCCCAGGAGAAACACUCACAGUCUGGUGCCUUGUCUUUUGCUUGUAUAAAAUCCGUAGUGAUUGUGGUGGCCAGUAAAUGCCAGCCAUUCCUCAAACCCACCUUGGACCACCCAGAGUUUCCUCUUGGUCCCUGUCCACUAAGAGUCAUGAAGGCAGGGUGCUCUGCCCUCCCCAUCACCGUCAAGCCUGGGAUUGGGCCACGAGGAAUGAACAGCAGAUGCCCUUGCCUUCCAGCCCAAGAAACUGCUUCUUGAAAUGGACUUAACAACAGCCAAUUACCUUUUCUUCCUAAGCCUGCUCUCUGGUUAGCUGGAUUCCCAUGUGAGCAAGUGCUGGCCCAGGAAAGGCUACCUGCAGAGGACACAUGUGCUGGGCCUGUUGAGAGGCUUGGAGUGACUGACUUGACUGACAUAGGAUGACAUGCCUAUGUCUCAGAUCUAAGUACAGGCCUUGGGCCUUGGCAUAGUGGAUACCUUGGGCUUUUGCUUUUGUCUUGUUGAUGACAGCUCACUCCAGUCUCAUAUGGUGCCAGGAUGCUGCUGCUACUGAGGUUUGGCUCUAACAUCUCUAGUUUCUAGAGCCACCAUAUCUCUUGCCCUUGCAGAUAUCAGGGCAGAUGGAAAUUUCUCCCUACAAGCUCUCAGUCUCUGCUUGACAAGUCAAGGACCUCCAGGCUGAGUCCUGCCCUGUUAGUCUCCAGGAGUGCUGCAGGGAAAGCCCAGCUGAGGCCUGGGCCUAGACUGUGGUAAGGUCACUAGAUUCUACUCCCUUCCCCCAACAUUUCUAUCUUUUCCUUCCUCGGGGAGAAAUCUCCCACCUAACCCUCCAGUUUGCUUUCCUUUGGCCUUCCAUACCCCAGGAAGUUUGCCUUCCCUUCCUCUCCUUUUUAGUGCUGUGGUUUCUGCCAUUGGCCAUGAUUUCAGGGAACUGGCUGAGGCCACAGCUGUGCCAAUGGGGCUUCCCUGGUGCUGCAGCACUUGUAAACCACACACACACAGCCUCUCUCCUUGGAUGUACGUUAACACAGUGGCAUACAGGACUGGUAGCCUGGCAUGGUAGGUACUACCCAAUGAAGAUUGUACUAUAUAUUUUCUUUACUAUAGGCCAUACUUAUACAGACUUGUAUAUAUAUUUAUAUAAGAUCUACCCAUACUAGGAUGGAAUGUUGGGAAAAAAUAGAAUUUUAGGGGGGGGGGGAAAUGUAACACUUCCAGUUGUGAGCCAAGAUUGUAACCAGAGAGUAGCCAGGAGCUUCCUGUCAGUAACCAUGUUUUCAAUAAAUACUCUUUCAUGUACAAACUGUA